AUGCCGAUAUGUGCCACAUGGCCCGUACCUGCAGAUACUUUUGCAGAAUCUAUUCUUCCGCCCAGCUCUGGAGUCUGGAGUGCAAGGUUCUUGGAAGAGAAUGAUCCCCCGGCGGUAGAUAGGACUUCAGAAGACGAAUACAGAGUGCGCAGCUUUAUGCUGGCGCAAACGCCUUCUUUCCAAAAUGGAGGAAGGGGCCAAGGAGAAGCUGUGGCUAAACAUGUUGUCUACGCUUCUUCCAAUCCCUCCCCCUUCUCCGUCCGUGGCUUCGCAGAAGACCUCCCCGCCCAAGCUGGCACCCCGGCUUGGGAUCCCAUACGCUUUGUAACGUAUGCCAUUAAACCUGAUUUUUAUGCCUUUGUUGGUGAUGUCAAUGGCAGUUGCCAUGGUAAUAGCAUCAAUAACGGUGGAGUUGAGGAGGAAGGGUGUGGCCGUCAGUGGACAUGGACAGUUAAAUUUCGAGUUUACGAAUGGGUAUGA